AUGCAGCAGGACUGGCCAAUAAUGCAGGCACGGUCCGAGGAAGGACAAGACACCUAUGGCCAAGAGCCACGCCGAGGACAAAGGAGGGCCGCAGCACGACAGGCACAUAUCGCGAGGAGGCGCGGCCCGGAGAAGCAAGUGGGCAAGGACACAACGGAUGAGAAACCGAAGCUAGAGAGGGCGGGAGGAUUAGGCCCGAAGGACGCGACACCAGAGCGCAGUCGACAGGGAGGGAAGAGCGGAGAGAACAAAGGGGAAGAAGAUGUGCGCAAGGAGGAGUCAGGCGACGGAGGGGCCACACAGAGGGGAGAGGGAGGAGGUGAGGAGGCAACACAAGCAACUGGAGUGGUUGGCAAGAAGCCAAGCCACGGGCGCUCAACAGGCGCUCAGGCAGGUAGAAGGCGUCGAAAGGAGAAGGACGUGAUAGGAGAGCGGCAAAGUGGGGGAGGAGAGGAGACAACCGGAGCUGCGAAGCAACAACCAACAGCAAACGCGAGUGGCAGCAAGAUACAAAACUGCUCGAGGCAGGAGGACAAAGAAGAGGUGGGGAGGCGAGGCAUCCAAGCAGGAAGGAAAGGUGAAAGGAAGAAAAGGAGGGAGAUGGCACUGUCACCCCAUGGAGGGGGCGUGGUGGCAGGAAGGUGGGUGCUCCUCGACGGGGACAUACCCGUCUUAGUGCCGAGACGCUACUUCCCAGAUGCCAAGGGCAAGCCGAACCUUUCCCGAGCGGCCUCCGACGGCGAGAUGGGUGGCCGCGCUGGCAGACCCAUUGGGCGGACCAUGAGCAAGGACUGGGAGGAGCGCGCACGCCUUAAGGAGAAGUCUGAGGUAGCUAUGCUCCCAAUUCCGGAAAAGACAGAUCAGAAGCACUCCGUUUCCUUCGGGGGAAUCCACCAAGACACAGUGGAAAUCGUGGAGACUGAUAUGACAGGCAAGAUGUCAUCCGUGCGUGUGGGGAAGUCUACGAGAACUGCGUCCCGCGUAUCCAAAGGUUCCAAUGCGAACAAGGUCGCCCAGAUCAAGACCAUUCGCUGCUCCGUGGAGCGCGAAGAGGCAUUUUCCCAGCUGAGACAAAAUCAGAUGGGCGAGAGGUAUGGGAAGAAGGGGACGUUUGGCUCGCGUGAGAAGAUUAUUGCCACCGUCACUGUGGCGGUGCACUCGGCGUGGCUGGAGUGGUGCACGCUCAUGUUCACGGUUCUCUCGGCCGUCCUCGUCGGUUGGGAGGUGGAUCGCGGAGUAGAGACUGGAGCCGACAUGCACUUUGCCUUGGUCUUCUUCAAGCAUCUGACCACGUUCGUGUUCCUGUUGGAGAUCGCAGCUCGAAUUACGGCCCAAGGGAAAGAAUUCUUCAACCCCUCUGGCGACGACAUUGGCUGGCACAUCCUGGAGGUUAUCAUGGUCGCGGCAGGCCUCAUCGAGUUUAUCGUCGACUGCGCCGGUCUCGCAGGAGAAGCCGGCUUCUUGGUCGUCGUCCGUAUCGGUCGGGCCGCGCGGCUCUUGCGCAUCCACCGAGUUCUGCACCAAGUUCCUGCCUUGCGGAUGAUCUACCAUUCCAUGCUGGCUACCACUCGCUCGCUUUUCUGGGCGAUAGCUAUGUUGCUCAUUGUCAUCUACUGUUUCGCCAUUGUGUUCCAGCAGGCCGUCAAUGACUACACCGGAUCGCAAUCCCAAGACGACAUCUCCGAGACGUUUGGAUUGUUCUUUCCAUCAAUCCUGUCCUCUUGGCUGACUUCAGUGGUAAACUGUGGCUAA